UUGUUCAUUGUAGAACCAGAGGAGAACCCGUGUGUGUUGACGUUGAAACGUCGUGGUGGACGGUCGGGCCGCGCGAUUUCGCGUUUUAUUUUCGCGAGUACAUUUGUACAUAAAAAAAAACAUUCUGCAAAUGAGCAGUGUGUAGUUUAAGGAACGGCUUAUGUGCAUUUACGUACUGGGAUUAAAACGGGGAGUCGUAAUUUUUCCAGUCACGAUCCGUGCUCGUGAGUGAGCAGAUGACAAUAACGCGUCUUCGAGAGUCAUUUUCCACUAGCUGAUUCGACACCUCCACUGCACACACCUGACGUCCGUCAAACAAAUAAAUAAAAAAUGCACAUGCACAUGUCGUUCUGGUGGGGCGCGGACGUCGGCGAUGUGUUCUUCAAGGGGCUGACGGUGAACACGACCGGCGCGAUGGUGGCGCUCUGCGUCACGCUGACCGUGCUGUCGAUCCUGUACGAGGGCAUGAAGGUCCACGGCGCCAAGGUGCGUGCCCGCGCGGCCCGCGAGCGCAAACGGUCCGGUUCCUGUCCGCCGCCGAGUGAAUCCGCCACCCUGCUCUCGCUGGAACUCCCCCCGAGCGGUCUGCGGCCCCUGUCGCGCCGCGUUUGUGCCUUUCUCGCCGAAGCCACCGUCUUCCUGUUCCACAACAUGCUCGGGUACGCCCUCAUGCUGACCGUCAUGAUCUACAACGGGUACCUGUUUGUGGCCGUCGUCGGCGGAAUGGCCAUCGGGUACUUCCUCUUUGGCCACAUGUCCAUGAAGGUCAACAUGGAGAACGUCCAGGCGCGACAGACGAACGUGAUUUGCACGGCACGCUGCCUCCAGACAGCCGAAUCCUGUGCAAUGAGUCAUUCCGCACCCUGUCCCUCCUCUAUUCGUCCGACCAACCUUCAGCGUCCGCACCCAGUCAGGAAUUCGGCGGUGAUGACGCCGGACCGUCAACCCGAGUAACCACCGUAGCAGUGUGCCACUGACUUUUGCUCAGUGUGUCAGCGAUUUAUAUGCACCCUUUUAACGUUUUCAAGAUAUUACGUAAUCUCAGUGUCUCAAGUCUGGAAAUUGCUGUAUUUUAGCGUUCGUUUAAGCUCUAUUUAGGAAGAAGAGGAGGAAGGGUUUCCAAAUUAAGCGCACCACCAAAAUUCUAAGCCAUUUCUAAGCAGUUUAGGGCAGGGUAGAUAGUGUAUAGUAAGCAAGGGCUGAAUUGCAAUUUUCUUCUACGCAGGCCAAACAAGAAUACAGCAAAAAAUAACUAAACAAAAAGACAAAUAUGUAGCAUUACUCUGUGAUCUGUAUAUAAAUUAGAGGAGCAAACAAAAUAUUACAAAAAAGAAAAAAAGCAUACUACUAAAGUCGUACUAAGCCGAUGAUUUGUCGUUUGCAGCCAAUAUCGAGUGUACCUUUAUAGUUGAGAAGAACAAACAAAAAAUAUUUAAAAAAAAA